AUGAAUGAAGUGUCUGAUAGAGGUGUGUGCUUCCCUGUGGAUAUAAAUAAGAAAGGUGAUCAAACAAAGGAUGGCGAUUGUGUUGAAAGUAAUGAUCCUAGCUCAAGUGAAAUAAGCAUGCACUCUAUGGUUAAAUUGUACGUUGCCUCGGUAAAAGAAGGAGCUGAAUUACUAAGUUGUGAUGUUAAUAUUAGUCUGAUGCAGAAAAAGGACAACAUUGGUGGUGCAAGUGACAUUAAUGAAGAGCCCAAGAGCAUAGAUGCUAACCGGCAGAAGAAAAGACUGAAAACAACACAGCCAUCUGGUAUACCGACAAAUGAUUUAGAGAUUACCGAUGAGGAUACUUGUUUGGACUUGCCUAUGGAAAUUGAAUCGACGAAAGUGGAAUCUUUCUGCCAUCGAAGUACAAGUGAGAACUUGACGGCUGAAGACAGGAUCUCGGUGGAGGAUGUUUCUACGACUAAGUUGUUGGAGCAAGAUUCAGAUUGUGUUUUGGGUUUUCAUGAUACCUCAUCGAAUAAUGACAACACUGAUAAGACGAAGGAAAAUGCGGUUGAAAUUGUUGAUGCUGAUAAGCUCGCAAUUAUGCAGCCUAAGUGUAGUGCUGGAUGUGCCAUAGUACCUGAGAUAACCGAAAAUGAUAAAAUCUCUAUGCCAGUUUCUGGUGAUGCACAUUGUAAUACUGUUUCUCCACCUUUGAACGAAAUGGAGCCAGGUUUUUCUGAAUCUAGUGAUACUAAAAUAACAAACAAAAAUUCAUGUGAUGCUCAUAACUCAAAUAACCACCUGGAAGAAGCCCAUGAUGGGGCCGGGACUGUUCGAAAUUUUCAGCUCGGCAAAGCAGUGCUGGAAAAAGAAAAUAUUAGUAGUUUCCCAAGCAUCUCCUCUGGAGAGGCAUCAGUCGAGAAAGCAGUUUCCAGCUGUACAGAGAAGAAGCUUCUUGUUCUUGAUGUGAAUGGCUUACUUGUUGAUAUUUCUCCUUAUGUACCUUAUGAUUACGAUCCGGAUGAUAUAAUACUGAGGAAAGCAGUUUUUAAGAGGCCCUACUGUGACGAUUUUCUCAAAUUCUGCUUUGAGAGGUUUAAUGUGGGUGUGUGGACGUCAAGAGCCAGACGAAAUAUGGAGCCAAUUCUUGAUUUUCUUUUAGGGAAUGAUAAGAGCAGGUUGCUUUUUUUUUGGGAUCAAUCACAUUGUACUGAUACGGGUUUUACCACUGUCGAAAAGAGGAACAGACCUCUUCAGUUGAAGAAACUUAAGAAAUUGUGGGAUAAGUGUGAGCCUGAUCUUCCAUGGGAGAGGGGAGUAUAUAAUGAAUCAAAUACGCUUUUGUUAGAUGAUACUCCUUCUAAGUCCUUAACCAACCCUCGGUAUAAUGCAGUCUUUCCCCACACGUACCGGUUCAGAAACGUUCGAGACAAUUCCUUAGGAGGUCCGAUCCGCUGCCGCAUUCAAUCUCAGCCGCGUAUCUCGGACUUUCGGCAUCGGUCGUCGGGAUACCUAGCUUCAACCGUCGCGGAGCUUACAGUCACACGCACACUUCGCCGCCGUUGGUCCAUCGUCCGGAGCUCCACUGCCGUCAUUCUCCAUUCAUAUCGACCGGCGGCCGAUUUCACCCACCCCCGCUGGAAUGUGGCGCCGAAGAUCAGAUCUAGGCGGGAGAAGCUUAGGAACGACGGAAGCCAAUAA